AUGCAAUCCAAAUCCACAUCCAAAUUACCAACCACCAAGAGGUUAUCUUUGCAAACAACCAAUUCCACAUCUCGCCUCAACAAUGAACAUAAUAGACGCUCUCUCAAUUCAUCCACGACUAAUUGUGAUACAUGUUCCACUACAUCUAGUAGCACAUCCUCAACCAAUACUGAUUCAUUCUACUCAACUACAGAAGCAAGUAUGCUGAGUGUGAGUAUGGAAUUGUUGGACACAAUGAUUGUUUAUCCAGGUGGUAAACACUCAGUGUUACAACUCAGUGAAAAGCAUCGUAUAUUGUUAGUAUUUAUCAAAUGGUUUGGUUGUCCAAUUUGUCAGAAUGUCAUUGAUGACUUACAGAGAUAUCUGUCAAGCUUUUUAUUGUUAAAUAUUGUUCCAGUAGUUUGUCAUCAAGAAGAUAUUUCCAAGUUUUCAGAAUACCUUUCGAAUACUCAAUUAUUGCAUUGUAGGAUAACCAAGGAAAUGAAGAAGGAAUUCUCUGUCAAGAAAGCUUCCCUCCUAAAACAUGCCAAAGUAAUGCCAAGCAUGAUCAAGUUAAUGGUACAGAAAAAGAAGAAAUUCUUCUUGCCUUCAGCUCAUGAAAUCAAAGGUAUGGACAUGCUUUCAUCAUUUGGCAUGUAUAUUGUACAUAAGGGACAAGUAACAAGCAGCUAUUCAUCUGAUAUUUUGAAUGCAAGACCAGAUUAUGGUGUUUUCUUGUUCCACUUGAAAGAAGAUCAUUUAUAUUCAGAUAGUUCAUCUCCAGAAGACUUUCUUCCAAGACUUUUAAAGCUAUUCCCAAACAUGAAGAUGGUAUUUGAGGAAUUGAGAGAGAAGAGAAAACAACAACCUGAAUUAUCAUCCCUUCCACUCACACCUAGAGGAUCUAAUUUCAGUACUAGUUUUAAAAACAAUGAAGAGGAUGAAUUCUCAUUGAAAAAUGUCUUGGAAAAUGCAACCAUGAGAACAUUCUUCAAGGCCUUCCUAUCCAAUCAAUAUUGUUUGGAGCCAGUUAUCUUUUAUGAGCAAGUUAAAAUGUUCAGAAUGUUGUGUCAGAGAAGAUCACCUGCCAGCCCAUCAUUCGAAUAUCAAAUGGAGAAUAUUCUUGCACACAAUUCACCUAGCUCAGCAUUGGAUUUGAAAAUUCAAGAAUGCAAACAGAAGGCCGAAUACAUAAUUGAUAACUUUUUGAAAGAUACCUCCAUGUUUCAAAUCAAUACAAGUGGAAAGUUAUUAAGGAAAUUAUUCUCAGCCAUUGAAGAGAAAUGCUCUGAUGAAACACUUUUUGAUGAUAUUUUACAAGAUAUCAUAUCUAGCAUGUUAGUGUUUCGUUUCGAAAAUUUUAUAGAUUCACCUUUUUUCCAAGACAUGAUUCAUAGAGUACAAUCGAAUAAAGUUGUGACAUCAAAUUGA